AUGGGGAGCACAGAGAAGAACAGAGAAUGUGCUCACCCAGAAACUGAGGCAUGUUCCAGACACCUUGUCAGCAAUCCCCUACCGACGGAACACGUAGAGAAAGAAAGCACAGUGCAAAACCCCCGGCAGGUUCAACACAAGUCUCUCAGAGGUCAGGGGAGACCAGCACACUUUCAGGAGAAAAAGAAAGAAAAGAAAACUGAGGCAAAGGAGGAAGGAGAAACAGCAAACAAAGAUGAAGGAGAUGGGGCAUCGAAUGUCUCAGCAUUUGCCCUGGCCAGUUCUGGAGUGGCAAACGACGGGGCAGAAAAUGUCCGAUCAUCAGUCAGAACCCUCCUGCGAGAUGAGAUUGAGGGUUUUAGGACACGGGGGCAACGGGAGCUGAGGAAAGAGCAGUGCAAAAGAAGGGAAAGCACAGAGGUCAUCUUCACCACUUUGCAUCUUUUACCCAAGUCAAGAGGGGAGCAAUGCAGACCUGGUACCAGCUCACUGCCCAGACUAAUAACAGGACAUCAAGCUCAGAGCAGAGUAUCAGCAGAGGCUCAACAGAAUAGAGUCACACAGCUUUCUGAUUUGGUCCAAAAAUCUGGAAAUGAUACCAGUGUAUUGUGCAGUCCCAGGCUAAGACCCAAACCCAAACCUCCUGGGAGAUGUCCAGGUCCUGGUGUGCAAACUGUGGCCUCCUGUCACCAUUCAGGCAUUUACAGCCCCUCUUCUUCUUCUUCUGUGAGCCCUGGACAGCAAGCUCAGACGUCCUCCCUCCGUCAUCCCAGAGAACAAGUUAAAGCCCCAUUUUCUCCGACUCUUUCCUCUUCUGUACAGUUCAAAUAUUGUCCUUCGCACAGAAAAGUCGCUUCUGCUCCUUCCACUUUUCAGAAGAAUCUGUAAGUGUAAACAAAUCAUUUUUUUUACCGUGAGUUGAUCCUAAAAAAUUUGCAAAGGCGUUUAGCUUUAAUGUCAAGUUCCAAUGAGAUUAUUUCAAGAUGUUUGCACUAUUUUCAACCUAGAAUAUUUACCUACAUUCAUGUACAUUUUUAUCUGCUAUCCAAAAAAUAAAUUGCAACGUGAACAAUGUAGUACAAAGUGAAAUAUUUCAAGCAGCUUCUUUUCUAUGUGAUUUCUAUUACACCUAUGCCCACAAACCACCUCAGUCAACAGCAUCCAUGAACCCUGACCUUAUUUGAAAGCAUUAGACUUUUAAGUUGUAGUGAAAGCCAUGUGUAGGAGCUGCAGAGUGCUUGAA